CGUCGAUAUUUUCUUCCGAAAUCGAUAUCGACAUCCGGACGUCAAAACGGUCAAAACAAAAACACGUGUUUUGGAGUGCUUCAGGACCGUUUUCUCUCCUUGUUAUCACUAAAAUGGACGUUGAAGAGCAAAAUCCCAUGGAGCUGGACGAAGAGGAGUCCUCAGGCGAGGAGUCUAGCGAGGAGAGUGAGGAGGGAGAGGUGUAUUUACCGGGAAAGCCGCUGGAGAACGAUGAGGAGUUGGUGUGCAACGAGAGUGCAUAUGUGAUGCUGCAUCAGGCGCACACGGGGGCGCCGUGCCUCAGCUUUGACAUCAUUCCCGACGACUUGGGGGCGCGCAGAGAGGAAUUUCCUCUCACGGGAUACCUUGUGGCAGGAACACAAGCCGCACGGACGCACGUCAACAAUGUCAUCGUGAUGAAGAUGAGCAAUUUGCACAGGACGAGCAAGCAGAGGGACCCGGACGAGGAGUCAGAGAGCGAGGAAGAGGAUGAAGAAGUUCCGGCAGAGAAAUUGCCUGAGAUGCAUUGCGCGCUGAUGAAGCAUCAGGGCUGCGUGAACAGGAUUCGCGCCACUCGCCAUGGGAACUCUGUCUUGGCGGCCACAUGGAGCGAACUGGGUCAAGUGAACGUGUGGAAUCUCAAUCAGCAGCUGACUCUGGUGAAUGAUUCCAAAUCGCUGGCCAGUUACGAAAAAUCCGGCGAGGCGAAUCGCGCGAAGCCGCUGUUCACAUUCUCUGGUCACCAGAAGGAGGGCUUCGCGAUGGACUGGAGUCCCACAGUGGCAGGAGCGAUGGUCACGGGCGACUGCCGGCGGGACAUUCACGUGUGGCAGCCCGAAGAGGGCGGAUCGUGGAAGGUCGAUCAGCGGCCGCUGGUCGGACACACAGACUCCGUGGAGGAUCUGCAGUGGAGCCCCAACGAGCGCAGCGUCCUGGCAUCGUGCUCCGUGGACAAGAGCAUCAGGAUUUGGGACACGCGCGCCUCGCCAGCCAAGGCAUGCAUGCUCACGUGCGACUCGGCGCACGACAGCGACGUGAACGUGAUCAGUUGGAACAGGAACGAGCCUCUGAUCGUGAGCGGAGGCGAUGAUGGAGUCCUGCACGUGUGGGACUUGAGGACCUUCACCUCCAAGACGCCCAUCGCCACGUUCAAGCACCACACGAACUACGUCUCGACGGUGGAGUGGCAUCCGGCGGACUCGAGCGUCCUGGCGUCGGGAGGCGCGGAUGAUCAGAUCGCGCUGUGGGAUUUGUCCGUGGAGAGAGAUUCUGGUGCCACUGGAGACGAACAGGCGAGCGAGGAGCUGCGAAAUCUGCCGCCGCAGCUGCUGUUCAUCCACCAAGGCCAGACGGACAUCAAGGAACUGCAUUGGCAUCCGCAACUGCCCGGCGUCAUCCUGUCCACAGCGAACAGCGGAUUCAACAUCUUCCGCACGAUAAGUGUGUAGUUAUGAAUAAAGAAAACCGCAAAGGCAACUAUUUCGUUUCUUAUCCUUUUUGUAUGCCUUUUCAUCGUUUGAAGCCAGUCUGAUGAUUUAAUACCUACAAUAGCGAGUUGAUUGUGGCUUAAACUGCCCACACAUGAAUCCUAUCGACUAGUAGACGCUUCUAUAAGACGA